GUAUUGAUCAGUAUGACAGGGACAGCAUAAUCAAUGAUUUCAAGAAUGGAAUUUGUAAACUUCUGGUGGCCACAUCUGUAGCAGCAAGAGGCUUGGAUGUAAAGCAGUUGAUGCUGGUGGUCAAUUACAGCUGUCCCAACCAUUAUGAAGACUAUGUGCACCGAGCAGGCCGAACUGGACGAGCUGGCAAUAAAGGGUAUGCAUACACAUUCAUUACCGAGGAUCAGGCACGGUAUGCUGGCGAUAUCAUUAAAGCUUUGGAAUUGUCUGGGAAUCCAAUUCCUUCUGAUUUGGAGAAGCUCUGGGCUGACUUCAAAGACCAACAGAAAGCUGAGGGAAAGCUGAUUAAAAAAAGCAGUGGAUUCUCUGGCAAAGGUUUUAAAUUUGAUGAAACUGAACAGGCUUUGGCUAAUGAAAGAAAGAAGCUACAAAAAGCAGCUCUUGGCUUGCAAGAUUCAGACGAUGAAGACACAGCUGUUGAUAUUGAUGAACAAAUUGAAAGCAUGUUCAAUUCCAAGAAGAGAGUAAAGGACAUGGCAGCACCAGGAACAUCAAACGCUCCUACGCCAUCCGCUGGGAACGCAGAAAAAUUGGAAAUUGCUAAAAGAUUGGCUUUGAGAAUCAAUGCCCAGAAGAAUCUUGGAGCAGAGGCACAAGUAUUGGUGCCCUUCCACUUUAAGGAUGUGAUGCAGCAGGCUACAAAUGCUAUCCUGAGAGGAGGCACAAUUCAAGCUCCUACUGUGUCUGCCAAGACCAUUGCAGAGCAGCUGGCUGAGAAAAUCAAUGCUAAGCUCAAUUAUGUGCCCAUAGAGAAGCAGGAGGAAGAGAAACAGGAUGGAGGGCAGAAUGAAUCCUUCAAGAGAUACGAAGAAGAACUGGAGAUCAAUGACUUCCCACAGACUGCCAGGUGGAAGGUUACCUCCAAAGAAGCACUGCAGAGAAUCAGUGAAUAUUCUGAAGCUGCUAUUACAAUCAGAGGAACUUACUUCCCUCCAGGCAAAGAACCCAAGGAAGGAGAACGAAAGAUUUAUUUGGCUAUAGAAAGUGCCAAUGAACUGGCUGUACAGAAAGCAAAGGCAGAAAUCACACGACUCAUAAAAGAGGAGCUCAUCAGAUUGCAAAAUUCUUACCAACCAACCAACAAAGGAAGAUACAAAGUUCUAUGAGCAUUUGGAGUUCUCUGUCUGCCGGUGGCUGGUGCGUGACAGUUUGUGGCUUCUGUUGUUUUUGCUGUUUACACUGCUUAUUGUAAAUUAAGAAUUUUUUUAUUUUGUCUUGCGGACAUUUUUUAACAGAAAAAUUGAUACUUGGCUGAAACAUCUUCAUUCUCUCCACUCAAGUUAGCAAGUCUUCAAGCAGAGGGGUUUUGGCGGAGCAUGAUUUAAUUUCAAAAGUGCAUUUUUAUAAACUUUCCAUCGUCAAGAAUAGAAAAUAAAAGAGAUUUUAAUUUUUUU